GCCUCAUUUUCCUCUCCACUUCCUUGUGGACGGACGGAGUGCUGUGCUGCCCUGUCCUCUUCCCAGCCAAGCCAGCUCAAGCAGUUGCGAAUCAGAGAAGUCACCGGGCACCGGCCAUUCUCCCUGGCUCUCCUGCAGUCCUCCCUUCUCCGGGCCCCAAGAGAUCAAAAGCCCACGUGAGAGGGGCUUUUGAUUCAUCAUGGCGAUGAUGGUGGCUGAUCUUAGCUUUUCAGCAUCUAUAUCUGGUGUGAGGCUACCAAGGUAUGGGAAUGACUCUUCCUUGGUUAAUAAGAGAUCCUCAAUGUUCCGAGCAGAAGCUCGGUCCACAGAAUCAGAGAAAUAUGGCACCAAUGGCCGGUCCAGAAAGAUGGUCCCGACAAACGAAUUGGUGAGGAACAAGGGUGGCGCCCGUGCAAGAACAGAUACAGUUAAUGGUUCUCUGAAUGGUGCUGUCAAUGGCUCGACCAAGGCAGUCAUCAACGGUUCUACGAACGGUGCUGUCAACGGUUCUACGAAUGGUGCUAUCAAUGGUUUUACGAACGGUGCUGUCAACGGUUUGAGCAAAUCAGCCAUUAACGGUUCUGGGACUAGUUUGGUAAAUGGCAGCAAGAUGUCUGCUCUAGUUAAGACCCAGAAGCAAAUGAGUGCUAGAGAUGAUCCAUUUGAAGAGGAGCUCAAGGUUUUGCCCUCUGACGAGGGCUUUAGUUGGGCAAAAGCUAAUUACAACUCUGUGCAGAGGAGUAUCGAUAUCUGGUCUUUCGUGCUUUCUCUUAGAAUCCGUAUUUUAUUCGACAAUGCGAAAUGGGCCUAUGCAGGUGGAUUCUCAGAGGAAAAUCAGAAAAUCCGGAGGAGAAACACUGCUGCAUGGUUAAGAGAACAAGUAUUGCAGCUUGGCCCAACUUUUAUCAAGCUUGGACAGCUAUCAUCCACAAGAUCUGAUUUGUUUCCAAAGGAAUUCGUUGAUGAGCUUGCAAAGUUGCAGGACAGAGUACCUGCAUUUUCUCCUGAGAAGGCAAGGGCUUUCAUAGAGAAGGAAAUGGGUUGUUCAGUUGAUAUCGCAUUCAAAGAAUUUGAGGAUCGUCCAAUAGCUGCUGCUAGUCUUGGUCAGGUGCAUCGCGCGGUGCUUCAUAACGGAGAGAAAGUUGCAGUGAAAGUUCAGCGACCAGGGCUCAAGAAACUUUUUGACAUCGACCUAAGGAAUCUAAAGCUAGUAGCUGAAUAUUUCCAGAGAAGUGAAAAAUUCGGAGGUCCUUCAAGGGACUGGAUUGGUAUUUAUGAUGAAUGUUCCAAAAUUUUGUAUGAAGAAAUUGAUUACAUCAAUGAAGGAAAGAAUGCAGACAGAUUUCGUCGAGAUUUUAGAAAUAUAAAGUGGGUUCGUGUGCCGAAUAUCAUGUGGGAUUACACUACUGAAAAGGUGUUAACACUGGAGUACGCCCCUGGUAUUAAAAUAAACAACUUGGCGGUGCUAGACAGUCGGGGAUAUAGUCGUUCUCUGAUUGCAUCUCGUUCAAUAGAGUCUUACCUAAUCCAGAUACUGAAGACCGGUUUCUUCCAUGCUGAUCCUCAUCCUGGAAACCUUGCUAUAGACAAGGAUGGCUCUCUAAUAUAUUAUGAUUUUGGAAUGAUGGGUGAAAUCAAAUCAUUCACUCGAGAUAGAUUACUUGGCUUGUUCUAUGCUGUCUAUGAGAAGGAUGCAAACAAGGUUAUAAAAGCUCUAAUUGAUCUGGAAGCUCUUCAGCCAACAGGAGACCUCUCACCGGUAAGAAGGUCUGUACAGUUUUUCUUGGACAAUCUGCUAAGCCAGUCACCGGAUCAACAGCAGACUCUAGCUGCAAUUGGAGAGGACUUGUUUGCAAUUGCGCAAGAUCAACCUUUCCGUUUUCCUUCCACGUUUACGUUCGUCAUAAGAGCAUUCUCAACUCUUGAAGGCAUUGGAUACAUAUUGGAUCCUGAUUUUUCCUUUGUCAAAGUUGCUGCACCAUAUGCACAGGAACUACUAGACUUAAAAACGAGGCGGCGAGGUGGACCUGAGCUAGUACAGGAGAUAAGAAAGCAAGCAAAUGAUGCCCGUGAUUCUACGAUCUCAAUGCCCUACAGAAUCCAACGGAUUGAGGAUUUCGUAGGGCAACUUGAGUCAGGUGAUCUGAAACUCAGGGUCAGAGUACUUGAGUCCGAACGAGCUGCUCGUAAAGCGAACAUACUUCAGAUGGCGACCAUGUAUACAGCCAUGGGUGGUACACUCUUGAAUAUUGGGGUCACCAUGGGUAGUCAAGGAAACCAAAUGGUCGCAAAUGGGUCUUUCAUCGGUGCAGGUGUUUUCCUAGCAUUACUGAUAGCAUCUCUCCGUAGAGUGAAGAAACUUGACAAAUUCGAGACGAUGAUGUAAUCGCAGUGUGUCAUACUGGAGACCUUCUCUGAUGGCACGACAAACAAUACAAAUGGUUCACUUCUGUAUAGAAAUUAAUUGGGAACUGAUUACCCACUCGUAGAUAAAUAUACAUAGUUCAUGUAGGAACUACAUUCUUUCUGUAAAUGUUUGUUACAGCCUGUAAAUCUGUACAAACAGUAUACAUUCUUUUAGCAGAAAGCUAGAUCAUUCAGCAGCAAAUGAUUAAUUAAGAAAUCUGGAGAAUAGAAUUUUGUUCUUUCCUA